UCGCGGAGAGGAGCAGCGUCGCUUCCUCGCAGGAUUUAUUUGUUUGUUGGAAGAAUUUCUCUUUUGUCUUUUUUCCAAAGAAGCUCGCUUUCCGAAUGACGACGGCUUGUCCGCACGUCUCUACUCCGCUCGCCAGGCGUUGCGUGCGUUGGUUUUGUCCUGCAGGCUUUGUGUUUUGGUGGAUCUAGAGCUGGAGAAGGAGGCAGUGCCAGGCGCUGCUGCUGCUGCUGUGGGCUGGACCGGACACGGAUGGGAAGGUGUCAGACUGCACUUAACAGAAGGCCAGUUCAGUGAAGACAACCAUGUGGAGACCUGUUACAGCUCUGUUGGAAGACACUUCAAGUCACCUGCCAGUUUGUAUCACCUAAACUAGGGGAAGUUGGGCUACUUUUUAGUUUGGAGGCGAUCAACAGGAUACGAUUUUGAGUAUCUGUGCUUGUGGAUGUAUGCAUUUAUUUCUCGGAAAUCUCAUGUGCACAUUCAAACAAAGCACCAUAACCUCACCUGAGCUUGGGAUUUGGAUAAUUGCACCUCUUUCCCUGGAGUACAAUAGUUGAGCGUUCACUUACAGGUGUUUUUUGGGGAAUUGUGGGAAUUGUGAGUUUUCAUUGAAAGGCUUUCAGAUCUGCAGCCAGUACCAGCGACGGCUGAGAGCCUCCAGGCAGGAAGUGUUCGGUGGUGAGUGUGUCAUCAGGUGAAAUGGAUGGCCCGCGGUGCAGCGGGAUUCGGAAAAAGCGGAAGUCUCGAUCCGUGCGAGACCGCGAUCGUGUGUCUAACGGGAUGAGGAAUAACCAUGUCCGGGGCUCCGUGCGGCGAUUCUCCUCGGAUUCCGAGAAGGAUGACCGCACCAAUCCCCCAGCUUCCUCACGACCAAGGCCACCAAGGAGGAAGAGGAAGGAGUCUACCUCAGCAGAGGAAGACAUCAUUGAUGGAUUCUCGAUAUCAGGAUUUAUAACGUUGGAAGCACUUGAGAAGGACAUGACGCUGAAGCCCCACGAGCGAAGGCAGAAUCAAGCAGGACCUCUGCGCAAGAAGAAACCCAGCAAAGUGCCGAACGGGCUGAGCUUUGACCUACACAAAGACAGGCUCCACCACAACAACCACCAACACCAUCAUUCUGACCAGGAGAACAACCCUCGCCUGGCCCAUACACACAGCAAGAAGAAAAAACAGAAGAAACACAGACUGCUGAAGCCGGGCCAGAACAACUGUAAGGUCAGUGACAGCGAGAGCGUGAGUGGAGAAUCCAAACCCUCCAUCCGGAGCAGCUCCAGAGACAGGUUGACAGACUGUGACAGCGAGACUGACCAAGAAGACAAGCUUUCAGCUUUUCGGCUGCUUUUCUCCGGCCCCCCGAAGCCACUUUCUGCAACAAGACAGGGCUCAGAUGCCAGCUCAGAGAAACUCUUCAGCACAGCUGCAGUUAAAGUUCCAGAUUUUAGCGUUGACACGCUCCACGACAAUGCCAGCCAGGAGCUGCGAGGCCUGGGCAUUCCCAAGGUGUCUGGCCUAGAGCGCAGCCAGGAGAAGAGCCAAGAGACCUCCCAAGAUCUCCCUUCGGCCACCCCCUCACCGGUGUCCACCUCCCGUCCCAAACCUCCCCUCCCUGCCCCACUUCUUCUUCAGCCACCCCCAUCCAACGGGCCGUUACCCUUGCCUAGGAGCCAAACCCAGCAUCCUUGCCAGGAGCACCCGCUUAGACCCCCAACGCUCCCUACCACCCUGUCUCUCGCCCAGAGCCAGGAGGCCUCUCAGGCAGCCCCUCCCCAGCCCCAACACCCGCCCGAGCCGCCAUCUCACCCACGGCCACCCCCUACCCCAGGCAUCUAUCACCACCCUCCGUCACCAGUGCUACCAGCUCAGCAGAACCCCACUCAACUUCUGCAGCACAGACCACCCUCAAGGUGCCACCCGCGCCCGGUUUCAACCUACAACGGCAACAUAAACCUGAACGGCCUGAGCAGUAGUAGAAGCAGCACUCCAGGAAAGCCCCGCGGGCCCUCUCCAGCCCCUCAUCUGCACCAUCACCAACCUGCCCCCAACGGGGCGGCAGCCUCUUUCCCCCUGCCCCUUCCGGCGAACCCCACAGCCCCACACUCCUUCCCCCCCACCCUGCCGUCCUCCACUCUUCCUCAUCACACCAAUAUGUUUGCGUCGCCUGCUGCUCUGCCUCCACCUCCUCCUCUCACCUCAAACGCUCUGCCGGUCCCCGGACACCCAGCUGGCAGUCCCUAUUCAGAACAAGAUCUUCUCCGUCAGGAACUGAACACCCGUUUCCUGGCGUCUCAGAGUGCUGACCGUGGAGCAUCGCUGGGUCCACCCCCAUACCUUCGGACCGAGUUCCACCAGCACCAACACCAGCAUCAACAUCAGCACCAGCACACACACCAACACACACACCAGCACACCUUCACCCCCUUUCCCCACGCCAUCAUGCCCACGCCGGCACCGCCCAUGGUGCGUACCCCAGCAAGAAAUUUUGAUAAAUACCCCACUAAAGUCGACCCCUUCUACAGACACAGCCUGUUCCACUCUUACCCCCCAGCUGUGACCGGCAUUCCUCCCGUCAUCCCGCCGACAGGACCCUUCGGAUCUCUGCAGGGAGCGUUUCAGCCCAAGACCUCAAACCCUCUAGACGUGGCAGCCAGAUCCGGAGCUGUCCCACACACGCUUCUUCAGAAAGACCCUCGGCUGACGGAUCCGUUCCGGCCGGUUCUCAGGAAACCAGGGAAGUGGUGUGCUAUGCAUGUCCAUAUAGCCUGGCAAAUUUACCACCACCAACAGAAAGUAAAGCAGCAGAUGCACAUUGACCCACACAAGCUGGACUUUGGCUUCAAACCUGAGUUCUUAAAUCGACCCCCUGGUCCCACCUUCUUUGGAGCGAUCCAUCACCCUCAUGAUCUCGCACGACCUGCAACACUUUUUUCAGCAGGAGGUCCCACACCUUCACCAUUUGGACACGCUCCUCACCAUCCUGGCAACUUUCUCACCCCAGCACCCCACUUAGAGCCCUUCAGCAGACCGCCUUCUUUCGGAGUUCUGGGAUCAUUAAACUCUGCAGCCUUCGGUGGGCUGGGAAACCCAGCACUCACACCAAACUCAGUGUUUGGCCACAAAGACACACCCGGCGUACAGCAGCACUUCAGCGGACCCCACGAGCCGUGGAACAGACUCCACCGCACCCCGUCCUCUUUCCCCACACCACCUCCUUGGCUCAAACCUGGAGACCCUGAACGCAGCACAUCGGUCAGCUCCCAUGAAAGAGAAAGAGAGAGAGACAGAGAGAGAGACAGGGAGAGAGAACGGGACUUGGACAAAAGGGAUUCCUCAGUCAGCAAGGACGAUAAAGAGCGGGAACCCACGGAGAAGAGACACCAGAAUCACCCAUCACCCCUUCCUGUUAAUCCCCUCAAUCUGUUGGGACAUUCCCGAUCGGCUGAACCCAACAGGAACCACAUCCAGUCCAGCGAGCCCCGGGACAAGGACAAGCCCAAAGAGCGUGAGCGAGAACGCGAGCACUCGGACUGGAAAGACUCAGACGAGCACAAAACAAAGGAGAAUCACCACACUGACAAGGACACGUCUGUCAUCCACGAUGGACGGGUUUCAGAGGACAAGCCGGCUAAUCGGGUGACAGCAUCACCGUACAUGCGGCCCGCUGGCGUAGACAGAGUGAACGGCGGCUCAAAUCGAGACAUUUUGGAGAAGAAGGGUGAGAUCACAUAUGAGAAGAAAAACAGCGAGGUUAAAGUGAAAGAGGAGAGGAAGGAGGAGCAGGACGGUCCUAGGGAAAGAACCCCGGAACAAAGAUCCACACCUCAGGCACCUCCUGCCACCGCACUCCACCCACCGUGUUCCAUGCCGAUGCCCAUGGGCAUGGCCAGCAUGCAUCCCAUAAACAGCAUCAGUGGCCUGGAGAGAACUCGUAUGGUGGCCCCUUUCAUGGGAAUCAGUCCCAUCCCAGGCGCAGAGAGAUUCCCCUACCCCGCCUUUCAUUGGGAUCCCAUGAGGGAUCCUUACCGUGGACUCGACCUCCACCGGAGAGAUCCGUUAGCUCGGGAUCUGUUGCUGAGAAACGACACUCUGCACCGCUUGGCAGCGCCCCGGCUUUACGAAGCAGAACGUUCGUACCGGGACCGCGAGCCGCAUGACUUUAACCGUGACCACCCUCACGGACUUAUUUUAGAACAUAGACGAGAACAGGAGAGGGCGCACCUCGAGGAGAGGGAGCGCCUGCACUUGCUCAGAGAGGAUUUCGAACAAGGCCGUCUACAUGCAAUGCAUCACCCCGCACUGGACGGGCACCUCACUCACCCGGGUCUCAUGGGCCCCGGACUUCCCAGCAUGCACUACCCUCGCACCAGCCCCUCCGCUGCUGCUCAGAACGGAAUCCUAAACAAAACCCCUCCCACCGCUUCACUUAGCGCCCCGCCCCCUCUUAUCCCGUCACUCGGAGCGCGAUCCGCUUCUCCCAGACGGACUACUCCACUCGGCACUGACAUCAGAGACAGACCCCCUUCACACACACACAAAGAUAUCGAGGCACGAUGAGGAUGGACAAAACACACAUGCCCUUUAUUUGUGUAUGAUGGACAAUGGAACUCAUAGCACUUGAUACUGGACUGAAGCUGUAUCAUAUUUGUGUAUAAAUUGUGUUUUUGUGUGGUUUUUCGUUUUGUACAAACCAUAAAAGACUGAGCAGAAAUGACGAUUUUUCAUUAUCUUUUAUCCGGUUUGCUCCUACAUUGGUGUAUUCUUAAACAUGUACAGUACGCCGAUCUCGAGCAAGUGGACAAGAUCUUCAACUACGGAAUCCCAAACUAAAAUGAUUUUGGAAUGUACAGGUACCUCAAUACGUCACAAAAAGGCAAAACUUGUAGAUAUGUGCAUAGUCUGUGUGUUUCUCUCCUUAAGGAAAAAAACAAGGUACAAAUAUGCAAAUGGGUGUUAUGAAAGCUUUACUUUGACUAGCUGUACAUAAUGAGCAGUGAUGAAUCGGAGAGCGCACAUUUUCACAGACUGGUUUGAGUUUAAUGCUGCAUAUUAAUGGUUUUGAGGGAUCAUAUCGUCCAAGAGACCGCAUCCCUUCUUUCAACUAUGCAACUCAUGCGUGAGCUCUCUAUAUUUCUGUCUUUCUCUUUCUGAGGACAACCAUUCUCCGCUCACCCCUUCCACUUUCCUGAUUCACACUCUGUGUAAUUCACUCUCUGUGCUUAGACAUAAACAUGACUGAGAUCGAUUUUAGUCAAGGCUUUCAAUGGCGAUCGUAACUCAAGAGUUAAACUGACGGAUCCCGAAAUCUUGAUACAUUUGUUCUUCAAGCUAUAAAAAUCUGUGUCGACAAUCUUUACAAACACACCAAUGUUUCCACACAUACAGUCAAGUAUAAAUACUGUCUUACAUCUAAAGACUGUGCUGACAUGGCAAAUCCCAUCAUGACCCAAUGAUGUCACGAUACAAGAGUGUAAUGUUUCGAGUAAGGAAAGCUGGACAAUUCCCUAUCGGUCUAAUUGUGUAUUAAAGUGUUAUGUAUCUAUGAAUUGAACAAGCAAGUUGUAAGCUAUGGACAGUUUGUUUUUAAUGAGCAGAGAUCUAUUUUAGUAGUCCACGGGAGGGUUAGUCGUGCGCUUUUAAACUCUGUGAAAUUCAGAUGUUGUGCAGUGUUUUUUCUUUUGAUUUUCUCUUUGGUUUUCUUGAAAUCAAACAUUAAAAUGUCCACUGAAGCAGUAGUGGGUAGUCAAUACGUAUUGCAAAGAGAUUGUAAGGAACUUUUUUGCUGUUUAUCAUGUACGUAAAAAAAUGAAGUCCUUUCUAGAUCAUGUAAAAAAAGGGUGAGGCGACUCAGCAUGCUCCUCAGUUAAACUUGUGUUAUGUAAAUUGUGCCAUGUUAUUAAAAAAUGUGAACUAAC